AAAGAUGUAAAGAUGGUGAAAUGACCCAGCUGAUUGUCUUCAUGGGAAAAAGAAAAGGAAUGGAGUUCAAAUCAUCAGAAAGACAAGGUGGAUGAGUUAGUGGAGCAAUGAAUGUGGAUGAGGUGGAAGAUGUGGAUCUGUACAUCGCACAGCUGAAGGAAGUGUUUGAUAGCUGUGACAUCUACCAUCGUGGCUACCUCAGUCGUAGCGAACUUCUGGCCCUCUGUCACAAACUACAGCUGGACGAGCAGGCGGAGGACAUUGUGGAUCACCUCAUAGACAAUGCUGAAUGUGAUGAGAUUGACUUCGAGCAUUUUAAGGAGAAUUUCGUGAACAUUCUCUGCCAGUCGACUAUCGAGCGUGUAGAACAGCAGAAUGACGUCAGCCUUAGUGCGAGCAUACACGAGCAGUUUAUGGAUGCUGACCAGUUUGAGGAUGCUGAGGACGAAGAAAGUGAUGACUUACACGAGGAGGAGGGUGAAGAAGAAAAUGAAGGGGUAGAAAAACACCAGGAAGAGGAAACAAAAGAGGAGAAUUCACCCAGAGACACACCUGAGUUUUUAGAUCUCCAAGAGGAAGUGACUCCAAAGUAUGUGCAAGGGAACAAGAGGUAUGGCAGACGAUCACGUCCAUUUCAGCCAGAGGACUUUGAAGAGUUCAUGAAUACAAACGCAGAGUCAGAAAAAGUGAUUUCAAGUCAAAAUACACAACCAGAGAAAUUAACCUCAGAAAAAGAUCGAGUCCAUAAAAAGCCCCCUCUUCCCCCCAGAAAAGGCACACAGCACACAGAAUCCAAGAAUAAAGAUGACGAGGAAACCGGGGACCCAGGUUCACCCCGGAGACAGGAAGAGGAGGGAGGGGAAGAAGAAUCCGAUGGAGAAGUGGAAAAAGAGAUGUUUGAAGCUGAAGGACAAAUGAAUUUAAACAUGUCCGAGUUGGAACAGGCACAGGAGAUAAGUGGACAUGAGGAGUACCUACGCAAUAUCUGGAAGACGUUAAAUGUUGGGCGCGGUGGAUACAUCACCGCUCAGGAGCUGGGCCAAGUCUGCGACCAUAUUGGCAUGGAAAUGAAUAAAAAUGAGCUGCAGCAGUUAUUUGACCGUCUGGACCAAGACAGUGAUGGACGCAUCAGUUUUGAGGACUUUGUUGGGGGUGUCUUUCAGCAUAAUAAUGGGGGCGCCACAAGUCAAUCUCGGAGUCGUGUUGGCACACCACGCUCACUAACACCCAGAACUCACUCAGCCCAGAAAAAAUUCCGACCCACAGCAUCUGGUGCAGAAGAAAGGACAACUCCAUCAUUGAUAAGUGGUAGUGGGUCAUCUGGGCUCUUUACUGUGCUUGACACAGAACAUACAGGGUUUGCAAUGCCAGACAGCAUAAUUGAUUUAUGGGAAAAAUACAGUAUCACCGAUGGUGCAGAUAUCCUUCUUGCCCUGGGCUUUGAUUUAGUGACAAGAAUCAGCCUCCUGGAUCUCUCCUAUCUUCUAGAACAGGAAAUGAUGGCAGCUGAUGAAGAGAAUGCCAUUUAUCAGGCAGCCUUUGCUUCUUAUCAGCAGGAGAUUAUACACAUCAAAUCCUCAUUAGAGCAGCAGAUGUGGGCUACUGACAAACUAAAGCAAGACCUCACAGAGGCCAACUCUCGUAAUGCACUGCUGGCCAAGGAAGUGGACGAGAGACAUCUCCAAAUAGAGCAGUCCACCGAGAAAAAACUCAGUUCUAUAGAGAAGAAGUAUCAGGAACAACUAAGAGGCUUACAGACUGAGUUAGAACAGGAGAGGGCUCAGGUGAGCUCCCUGAAGAACGGUCUGGACUCAGAGAAGGAGAGGAUUGAGGAGGAGGAGAAGUCACUGAGAUUCAGGCUGAUGUCUACUCAGAAGGAUAUGGAAAAAAUGGAGGCAGAAUUGGUAGAGACAAACGAGAAGCUGGCAGAGAGUGAAAAGUUAAACACAAAGUUACAGAAAGAUUUUGAGAGGGUGGUGGAACUACAACAAAAGUGGGAGGAGUAUGAAGCCUCUGACCUGAUGACCCCAGAACAACAGAGAUCUCACCAAGAAAAACUCACCAGAACUACCUCAGAAAACCAGAGGCUGAAGGACAUGAAUGAUGAACUGACAGCCCAAGUAUUGGAGCUUCAGCAACAGAUCUACUCCCGAAAUAAAAGUGAGCACUUGGGCAGCCAGACCCCCAAUUUCGGGUCACGUAUCCCUAUCAGGGAGGGGUCCUUCUUGUCAGACUAUGUUAAGACCAAACGAGGAGUUCGCUCCUCUGUGUCCUCAGAGAACUCAGAAGAUGAGGGUCUGCACAUCCCUAACCACCCAGGCAGGGUCCGAAGGCGACUCCCCUUGGCCCCCGCUGAUGAUGACGACACUUGUAGUGUAAGUAGCAUACAGAGUGACAGGGACUACAUUGAGAUCCUGAAGAAAGAAAUAACAGAUCUGAAGAUCCACAAUGAGAGGGAAAAGAAGGACCUGGAACAGAGCCACAGGAAUGAAAUAUUACAACUGGAGGAAAAAUUCCAAACAGAAAAGGAGGAACUGCAGAAGAGUCACAGGAAUGAAAUGUUACAGUUGGAGGAAAAAUACAAAGGGGAAAAGGAGGAACUGCAACAGAGUCACAGGAAUGAGAUCAUUAGACUGGAGGAAAAAUACCAAUCUGAAAAGGAGGAACUAGGACAGAAAUUUAAGAAGGAACAGGACAAACUUUUGAAGGAAAAUGAGAAAAAUCUCCAGAAUGACUUUCAAACCAAGAUGGAGGAAAAAGAGAGAGAAUUUUCCUCUGCACAGAAAGCAAUGGAAGAGGAUUUCCAGAAGGAGAAGCAGAAAAUCAUUGACAGUUUACAAGAGGAAUACAAAAGAGAACUGCAGGCUCAGGUCUCACAAAUGGAAAGUGAAAGUAAAAAAGACAAAGACUUGGAAGUGAAACUAGCAUGUUCUUUGGAGGAAAUUCAGAAGAUGGUGCAAGAGAGAAAUGACUUGCAGGAACAAUUAGCCUUCCAGAAGGAGGAAUUCUUAGCUCAGUAUGAGCAAGAACAGAGUGAACUCAAAGAUGAACUCGAGUCCACUUUAAUGGGUACUGAAAGUGCAAUAAAAAAAUUAGAGACAGAAAAGGUGCAAUUGUCUAUGAAAAUAGAGGACAUGUCUCAACAGUUUGAAUGGGAAAAGUUAAAAAUUCAAGAGGAGUUUGAAAAAGAACUUCAAAAACAAGAAAAUGAAUACCGCAGAGAUUUACAAGACUUUGAAAAUAUCUUUGCACAGGGAGAAGUGGCCCUGAAAGGAAAGCUGAGGGACGACUUUUAUGAACUUCUGGAAAAGCACAAGAAGGAUAUAACAGAGACAGAAAAAGAGGCCAUGAUGAAGGAUCUUCAGAAGGAGAGGCUGGCAAUGGAGAAAGUUUUUGCUCACCAGAAAAAUCAGCUUGAUAAGGGACAUGAGAAGGAGAAGGAGGAGCUGGUGAAGAAAUAUGAAGAGCAGGUGCAGUUUUUAAGACAGCAGCUUCACAAUCUGGAGGACAAGAUGGAAUCUGAAAGAGAGGCUAUGUCAAGGAAAUAUGAAGAGGAAAAAGAAGGACUAGAGGAAGAGCUGGCAUGUGCCAUCAGGGAGGAGCUAAAGAGACACAAAGAAAGGCAGAGAAGAAUGGCAAAGCAGGAUGAAUAUGUGAGUCAGAUGGAGAAACUACAAGAAACCUACAACCAGGAGAGAAAACAGCUGAUGCAACAGAUAAAUGUGUUACAACAGGAGCUAGACACAGUGUAUAAGGAAUUCAAUAAGGAGUCCAAACCAAGCAAAAAAGUGGAGGAACUCAAUAGGACAAUUACAGCUCUACAGAAGGACAAAAAAUUGGCUGAGAAAGCUCAAUCUGAGCUCCAGAAGGCCCUACAGAUGACUAAAGCUGCCAUGGAAACUCGGAUAUCAGAGAUAGAUGAAGAGAAGGCAAGUGCUGUGAAGGCUGUAAGGGUUGAACUAGUUCAGGCAUCAAAGGAAGCAGGAAAACAGAAGGCAACAUUAGAUGCUGUUAAUAGAGAAAAGAAACUUUUAGAGAAAUCACUUGAAAAAUUACAAAAGGAAAUGUCAGAGAUGCAGAGAGAGGCAAGACAAAUAUCUGAUUUACAGGGAAAAGUUACUUCUUUAGAGGAGGAAAAUAUGUCUCUUCUUGAAGAAAGUCGUAAACUGAAGUUUGAACUGAAACAGUUCCAGACCACUGUUAUACCAGCUCAUGCACAGCAUGUGAUUGACAAAUUACAAGAACGGAACACAUUUCUUGAGGAAACUUUGUCAUCAGCUCAGCACAAACUGACUCGGGUGGAUGAUCAGGUCGAUAAACUCGCUCACCCCAAGCCUGAGCAUAACAAUAACAGCCACGAAUCAAACAAGAAAUUAGCCGAGAAGAUGGACAGUCUAAAUGCUCAUGAAACUGACGAGUCUGCCAAUCAUCUCUACAAAGAAAGGGAGAAGAUGCAGGCUCUACAGUUAGAGAAGGGAAGACUAGAGGAGGAACUCAGGAAAGUCACUCAGAUGUUGGAGGAAGCAACUAGUGACCUAGCUAAGUUCCAAUCCCAGCAUGCUCAGUAUGUCAAAGGUCGCCCCAGUAGUCCCGUCGACAUCGAGAACUUUACCAAGCUACAGAUUGAUCUGGUGGAUCAACAGAGACAGCUCAGAGAGCUACAGGAACUCAUGGAUAACAAGGAAAAUGAGAAGUGUCGAAAGUUCAGAGUUAAGGAGGAUGAGAGGAAGAGACUAAUCCAGAGUUUUGAAGAAGAAAAGGCAAACUUGACUAGGAAACUCAAGCUGACUGAAAAGAUGUUGGAUGAACAGCUUGAGAAAAUUAAUGCUCAUUAUGCUGAGUGUGAGAAGAGGAAUAUUUUGGUGGUGGACUUGUACAAAGAAAACGCUGAUUUGAUGGAAGCUCUCUACUUAAUGGAGGAGAGAAAGAAGGAUGCUGUGUCUCGUUGUUACAGACUCGAGGACCAGUGCAAGGUGCUACGUCUCAUGCUCAAAAAAGUCUGCCAUGUGGCAGUAGCUUGACAUCUUAGUCUGCCAUAUGGCAGUUUCAUAUCUUAACUUGACGUCUUAGUCUACACUGUGGCAGUUUCAUGACAUCUUAGUUUGCCACAUGGCAGUUUCAUGAUAUCUUAGUCUGCCAUGUUUCAAUUUUUUAAGGAAAACAGUAGCAUGGUUUGAUAUGCUAAUAUUCCUGAAAUUGAUGUCCAUUUAAUGCCAUUAAGACCACAUUCCAGUAAUGGAUGUUUAUCUGCCUGAUGCUUAUAUGACUGUGCCAUAUAAUGUAUCCAUGGCUAUACAUGUGAUAUUGUCAUGUAGCAGUUAUUCAAGGUGUUCAAUGAAUAGGAUACAUUUUUCAUGUGAAAUGUGACUUAUACUCAAGAAGCUGACUUAUUGCCCUUCAGAGCAAUUUGUUCAUGAUAUUUAAAAGAUGGUAUUUGUGUGAGUAACAGGGAUUGAGCUAUUGUGAUGUUCACGGUUGCUACAGAAGAUUGUUUAUGAGAAAAUGAGGAGUUUUUGUUGGUGUUGGAAACUUUGUUGUUAUAGAAGAGUUUUCAUGCAGCAGUUAAAAAAUAUAUAUAUAUAUAAAUGUUUUUUAUUUAUUCACUGCAAUAUCCUUUGCUGUAGUGUUCAGGUUUAAGAAAGCUGAAAUUGUCAUCGUUAUAUUUCUUCAUGUAUUGUGAGGACUGAAAAAAUGAUAUUUUUUUUUAAAAAGAUACAUCAUAUGUUACAUUGUCAACCAUUUGACCAUUCCAGGUUCCUGUUUCUUAUUUUUGUUAGUUAUUGUUCAUGCUAGAUAUAAUGUUACAUUGUUAAAACAUUAUUUUUUAUGAAAAUUCCAUUGUCUCAUUGUAUUUAAGUGACUAAAUGUUAUGAAAUAGAAAUAAGAAACCUACUUGUUGGAAAUUAGAGACAAAAAUUGAAAGUAAUGUAUGACAUUCCUUUUUGAAUCCAGCAAUUAUACCAUAUAUAAUAUAAAAUUCCUGCUUAUGUGGUGUGCAGUUUUUUUCAAGGAAUGUAUACACACAUUCUCUCUGAAGGAUGUUUCAUGUCUUCCAGAGUAAAAUUAUAGCUAGCUUUCACUUAUAAAAUGUACAUGUAAAUUUUCACGCAGAAAAAGAAUUGGUUUGGCUCAUGAAUAUUGGGUAAAACUUAAAUACUGAAAACAAGUGUGUGCAUGUGUGUACUGGACAUAAAUAUUCUGAAGCUUUACAGAAGUAGACAUUUGUAUGAAUGAUUUAAUAGAACAUGUACUCGCACUGAGCAAGACAUUAUAGUGCUGUUUUGAAAGUGGUUUUAAAAUAUCUGUGAUACUGUUAUACAAAAAAGUCAGAAAAGUGCCUUGUCUAUAAGCAAUUUUAGGAAACAAAGUAUUCUCCUAUCAAACUGUGAUAAUUAUGCAUAUUUUACUUGUAUCUUUAAAAAAAAAAAUUAUUCAGUAAUACUUAAUGUAAUACUCUUAUUAUGCAUUGUGUUGAAAACACAGAAUAUAUUA